UUGCAAUGGAGAUACGCGCGUUGCAUUGAUGCCUACUUGGAUGCAUCUUUUGCUUGUUCUUUUUCCUACAGGGUCCUCCACAGGGUUAAGUCCCGGGCCGCGGCAUCGUUAAACCUUAUUUGCUCUCCAAUCGUAUCCCUGGCGAAUGAGGUAAGCAGGUUUGACACGUGACAGAUCUAGGGAAAUGGCUUGGCAUCGUUUUUGAGAUGUGUCGAAAGACAAGUCCGACAACGACAGCGAACAUUUAUCUCGUGCCAGUCAUUCAUUCGCCAUAUUCAAUCAAAGAAACCUCUUUAACAAAGAACUGUGCCCAAUAUGACGCGCGCUCAGCAGACCAUCUCCAUUGCCCUGCUCCUGAGCUCACUCUAUAUCGCAGUUUUCAUGCAGAUAGUGUCUCUUCCUGAAAAAAUUCAUACCGAGAUUGUCCCAGUGCUCCCCUUCUGGGCACUUGUGUCCUUCGGCGCAUACCUCCUCUUCAAGCUCGGCUGGGGAGUGUUCACCUUCAACGAUGUUCCCGACGCGCAUGCGGAAAUUCUGGCUCAGAUAAAGGAAGCAAGAACAGAACUCCGCGCUAAGGGUGUGGAUGUUGGCUCGGACUAGACAUGGCUUGGGUUC